AUGUUGGAGAUGCUCUUGAUCCUGCUGCUGGGGCUCUCCGCGUUGUUGGAUACCUCCGCAGGUGGGUGGGUGGGUGGGUGGGUGGGUUCGAGCGACAUUGGGGAAUACCAUCGAUGCAAUGGUUCAUCUAUCACCGUUUGCUCUCUGCCCCGCUCGUGGCCUUCCCUCGGCAUCCACAGGGAUCUGACUUACAACGAGCUCACCACCCUGCCUGAGGGAAUCUUCGGGGGUCUUACGGCCUUGGAAUAUCUAACACAAACACUACAGACCCAUCGUGCUCAUGAAACAUCAAGCCCCAACGAGUUGCCCUCACUGCCCUCAUGUUCUGACCACUUUUCUGAUCCUCGGUUUACGCAUGGUUCAUCCAUCACCGUUUGCUCUCUGCCCCGCUCGUGGCCUUCCCUCGGCAUCCACAGGAAUCUGACUUACAACGAGCUCACCACCUUGCCUGAGGGAAUCUUCGGGGGUCUUACGGCCUUGGAAAGUCUGGAUCUGACUUACAACGAGCUCACCACCCUGCCUGAGGGAAUCUUCGGGGGUCUUACGGCCUUGGAAUAUCUGGAGCUGUCCUACAACGAGCUCACCACCUUGCCUGAGGGAAUCUUCGGGGGUCUUACGGCCUUGGAACUUCUGCGCCUGUAUUCCAACGAGCUCACCACUCUGCCUGAAGAAAUCUUCGGAGGUCUUACGGCCUUGGAACGUCUGUCCCUGUCUAAUAACGAGCUCACCACCCUGCCCGAGGGACUCUUCGGGGGUCUUACGGCCUUGGAAUUGCUGUGGCUGCUGAACAACAGCCUCACCACGCUGCCGGACGGAAUAUUCCAGGGUCUCCCGGCCCUGACAACACUCACACGUCGCCGUUUGAUGUACUUGAUCUCUAUCACCUUUUGCCCCCCCCGCCCCCAGGGAAUUGUGGUUUUCUCGACUUCAUAUUCUAGUCUCGUGCAGAUACCGAAUGGUCUAUUUACAGUAUUAUCGCAUCACAGUUUUGUUUCCGUGCUUUAUUGGGAGAUUCCGAGGCCAGAGUACUGUACUGGGAAAGCGGUUCACUGCGUGCUCCACGUGAUACAUAGCCCUCAGGCCUUCCUGUUACGGCAAGAGAUCACACCCACUCUUGCGUGCUUUCCUUAUCUCAGUACAUAUACUUGGUAUAUGUCCCCAACCUGCCGGUUCUCUGGUAGAUCCUUCGCUGCGACAGUCAAUGAUGUGCACCUGCAAAUUAAAUCCAGGAUAUGUGGUCGAGUUUCACACUCGUCGGGAAUCAUUGUACAUAUAUGUUGGCCCAAGGUAGCGGGCAAAAGCAGUCAGUUUCCCGACAUGACCCGCGUUUUUAGGAUGCAUAUGCAGGGUCAAACAUGGCUAUCUGGUGAAACUCUCGCUUGUCCAACCCAAAUACAUCCCUCGAUACCCGCAAACCUUGUUUCUCGCGGUAGCGGCCACAUUUGCGCCUGUGCCUGCACCUGCACUGGGCACGGCCGCGCCGGAAUCAGCCCCACAACCUACGCCGGUACCCGACUCGAGCCCAGAAGGUCGGGACUUGACGCCACAUAUUCCCUCCUACUGGAGUAUGCCGUAUGGUCAAUAACAGGAGCUACACCGUCGAACAUUGACAAAUCUCCGGCUUUACUCCGAAUAUUCCCUUUUCAGUACCAUCCGGAGAAAUAUUAUUCCGCCUGUCGCUUGUCCGACCCAAAUACAUCCUGCAAUACCCGCAAACCUGGUACUCGCGGUAGCGGCGACACUUGUGCCUGUGGCUGCACCUACACUGGGCACGCCCGCGCCGGAAUCUUCCCUACGACCUACCUUUCGCUUGUCCAACCCAAAUACAUCCUGCAAAUACCCGCACACCUUGUAUCUUGCGGUAGCGGCGACACUUGUGCCUGUGGCUGCACCUGCAUCGGGCACGCCCGCGCCGGAAUCUUCCCUACGAUCUACGCCGGUACCCAGCUCGAGCUCAGAAGCCCCGACUCCAUGAACGCUCAUGGCUGCUCGUCCGUCACUCGUCUGGUCAAAAAAGGCGCCUCAACGGUGGAAAUUGUAGUCGGCGUUGUGGCCGGCGCCCUUGCGGUAGCAGCACUGGGGUUCUUCCUACGUCGUCGACGGGCCGCGAAGAGCACGGACCCCGACCCGCCGGCCCCUGCUUCAUACGGUGCGGACAGCCUGGAGUAUGGCCGGGUUGAACAGCACCAGCAACGGCAGAAUGACAUCCACUCCUCUUCGCCGAUCAUGGGCGAUUCUACUGGAGGCAACGUUACCCGCGGCCUGCCGCCUCCUGCCCAGCAAAGCUCCCCGCCGCCACCCCCAUCGUAUGUACAUAAUGAUGCACACCGGCACGAUGCUCGGCCACCCGCCGCCAGUCAACAUCACGCGGUUAUCGCCGCUGAGAAAACAUUCGGCGGAGAUGACACGCCCGUCCAGUCGUUGUCCACAGCGCCGGCCAUGGGUGCCCUGCCGAAGCCCAGCUCCGAGGGAAAAUCCAAGUCCACACGCGACAACAGCGAAAGCGGUGGUGGCGCCAGGACGGCGGAUGCGGGCCGGGGUGGGGGUGAUGCGGCGGAAGACGGCAGCGGAUGCGUGGCGGCAAGCACACAGUCGUUGCUAUCGUUGACGACUAGGAACUCCGCCGCCGAAGUAUCGACGGAAGAAGGGACCGCCGAGGUUGCUGAGUUCGGGCUUUCGGCGGACGCGGACGGCGCUCCUUCGGCGGCUGCUCUUCCUCCUGCUGCUGCUGCUGGCGGCCGACGACGGACGUCCAGCGGCGUCGGGUGCGGCCAGGCAGUACUGGCGGCGGCAGAGAAGCUCGCACAUAGUUGCCAGAUCCCCGGCAUCAGUGAGGCAGCGACGGCGGUGUCGAUUCUGAUACGAUUGGUCUUGGACAGUCGGGACUUGACGAGCAGCCCCGGGGUUAAACGGUGCCGGUCGAUCGUAGUGAUGCUUGAGCGGGCGUCAAAGGUGCUCGGCAAUGUGAAUGACCUGACUCGUGUUGUUGAAAUGGGCACCUGCCUCUGUCAUAGGUAUCCUCGCGUUUUGAUGGAAGAAGUGCACGACGCCGUCUCCGACCUCGUGGAGUUGAUCAAAACUUACCAGAACAAGAGCAAAGUCGGCAAGGUGUUGACAUCGACCCUGUUCAAGCGGCGCCAGGGCGAGCUGAACGCCGUCAUAGACAGGGCCAUCUGGGGCCUGCACUUGGGCCUGCAGGUGCAGGUGGGACACGACGUUGCGCACCUUGUCAAGAGGUCAACGGCGGAGGCUCAGACAGAAUCUCUGGCGCAAGUCCGGGCUCAGGCAGAGUCUCUGGCGGAAGCCCGCAGGUCGAGGCGGCAGCGCAAGCUUGACCAGAUCGAAAUCCCCGAGGACCACGUGUCGAUCACGGACGAGAUGCUGGGAAAGGGGGGCUUUGGCGUGGUAUACCUAGCCGACUACAACGGCCACAACGCGGCGGCCAAGAAGGCAGAGCGCAAGGCAUUCCUGCGCGAACUAGACGCCAUGAUUCGGCUGAGAAGUCCUCAUAUCGUUAACAUCUACGGGGCGAUCACCUCGCUGCCGGACCGCCUGAUUCUGGUCAUGGAACUGCUGGCGGGCGGUGACCUUCGGGCCAUGCUGAAGAACUCUGAGCAGCCGCUUCCCAAGGAUAAGUGCCGACAAAUCAUCCAGGAUGUCUGCGUGGGGAUGGCCUUCCUGCACGGCAAGGCGACGGUUCAUGGCGACCUUAAGUCUGCCAAUGUUCUUCUGGAUGACCGCGGAAGGGCAAAGAUUGGGGACUUCGGCACCUCGAGGUGGGCUGAGAGAUCCGCAGAAACUGUCACGAACAACACGAAUCCGGGACCAAGCACCCACAUCAGCUUUGCAUGGACUGCCCCAGAGGUGCUGGAGACCAAGGAAACCUCCAAGGCGGGCGACGUCUACAGCUUCGGGAUGGUGGCAUGGGAGGUGCUGACGAGACAGACACCUUGGGACCAAGCUCGGCCUCGAGACAUUUACCUCGGUGUUGUCAUGCGAGAGGAACGCCCCGCGAUUCCCGCGGGUGCUCCCGUAGACAUUGCAGAGAUGGUGCGCAAAUGCUGGGCCCAGGAGCCCAAGGACCGCCCGACGUUUCCAGUGCUGUGCAACAGGGGGAACGCCCACCGACGGCUUCAAGCACCAAAGCUCUUGAUUUUGGGGAAUGAUUGA